CUCAGGUGGAGGUGCCUGCUGACCGCCUGUAGGGGCUGCACCUCAGCCAUCUCAGGUGGCCUGGAAACCCCCAUCUGCCCCUGCAACACACACUGAAGGCAACAGUUUUAUUUUUGGAGUGGCCACGGGCACUGUGGCUCGCUCCCUAAAGCUUCUAGUUCACUUCAGGAUGAGACGGCCCUGUGGCACUCUGAGCCGGGAUUAACAAGCAGAGAGCAGUUUGUCCCAACAGCCGCUCACCGAAGCCUGUCCACUGCACAAGCAACACCUGCUCCUGCUUCAGGAGUCUGAAAUGCUGAUGGAAGUCAGCUACAGUAAUGGGCUGGAGCCUGACCUUUCCCAGCAAUAUCCUCCACCCUUACUGCCAAAACCAGGCAAAGACAACGCAAGGCUUCAGAAACUCAAGAAGAAGAGAGCCAAGAAAAAAGGCAGUCUAUCUCAGACGCCCAUCCCCUUUCGUUCCUGUUUGUCGCCUGUCAAUGAAGCAAGCACAGACCUAGAGCACAGUGACCAGUCCAGCCCACCAAGGACGCCAGAUUCAGCGUACAUUGCAGACUCCUCAGUAUCCGGUUUCCCCUUUGCUUCCCUUUACAAUCACGCUGAAUCUGCAUUCCCUCAUCCUCAGAGCAGCCCCUAUGGCCAAACUGGCAGCUUUCCCUCUCAGUCCCACACAGCUCAGAUCAGGAUUUCUGAGGACCAGGUGGCUCCACUGUAUGAGUGCUCUUCUUUUCUAUUCGAUGACGUGACUCCUUUGACGAUGCCACCUUUGUCUUCACCACCUGAGCAGGUCCCAGCACCACCUCUUUCCUCUGCAUUAAAUUUAAACAUGACACCAAAUUCCCAUGGGUCAGUCACAACAGUCUCACCAGUCGCUGUGUCGCAGGCCAGCCCUAAAAUAUCAACUCACAGCCUGACCCUAUCCCCAGCUGCCCUCAACUGUGGCCCAGGCCUGGCACCUUCUCAAAUUGCAGACCUACCUCCUGUUCCAGUGCUGCUCUCACUUUCAAACACCCAGACACAACCUUUUAUUCCCAGCCAGAGGGAGACAAACACCAUUUCAAAGGACACCCCUCAGAGCCAGAUGUCGCCUUGGACCACCAGAACUACCAGUAAUGGCACCUUUGUUCCUAGCCAGAUGUCCCCUGAGAUGACUGCCUCAAAAAUAUCACUUGUUGAAGCAGUGAAAGAGUCGAGACCUGACACCCCACAAACCAGGAUUUAUACAUCAAAGGCAACAUUUUAUGAGAUCUCUAAACCUCCCUCCAUCCAGGAUCUCACAGUAAUAAACCCAGCCUACCAGGGAGCGUCAUUAUCUGCCAUAUACAGGGAGAAAACAGCUGUGUCAGUGGUGAAAAGUGAUCAGAAACUGUUUGUGUCCAGGACCCAAAGUGGAAGACCUAAGACCCCCUCUUGCACACCUGCUCAAGUAUACACACCCGCUUUUGAAAUAUCCAAACCUAACCCACUGUUAUUUGCUGCAAGUCCUGCUUUCAAUUGCUCCCAAGACUUACAAGCUCCUUCUGUUCCCACUGAGAUUAAAAACAAAUCAGCAAUUCAAACUAGUGGUAAAAGUAAACCUCCUGCUGCCACAGAAGAACUGAUGCCUACUGAUGUUAAUAACAUAACUUCAAUCAGACAAGCCAGCAAUUACAGAGAGAUAGAGGUUCAACAUACUCAAAGGAGUACAGUAAAUCUAAGUGUUGCCAAUUCUGUGCUGUACCACAGAGAGAAUUCAGCAUCAAGUAUCAACACACUGGAAUCCACUGAACCCAUCACCCCAAAACUAAAAGCAGAACAAGCUAUAGAAGCUGAAGCUUUAUCUUUGCCAAAGGUUCCAACAUUUCUCUCUGUACCGAAGACUUCAUAUCCCAAUCCUACACCAGUGAUUUCAAUGCAAGCACCAACAAGUCCAAGCCCCCUGUCGUCCACUAAUCGUCCACCUGUGUUUGAGGCACGCAAGUCUUUGUCAUCAUUAUUGGAAACUCAAAUGUCAUUAGCGGCCUCAAAGCCAAAAUCACGAUCAACAUAUUAUGGGCUUACGCCCGCUGAGUAUGUUGCCUAUGGUGGAAUAAGGAGUGUUGGAUCACAUCACAGCCCUGUACCCUUCAGGGUUGACGAAAGAUCUUCAAACAAAGCACAGUCAGAAGUAGCUGUAGAUGUACCACACAUCUCAAAGUCAGAAGCAACAAAACAACCCAAUGGACAUCAAGAUCUUCCCCCUUCAAUGGAGCUUUCUGCUGCUCACAGUUUAGAGCCUCUGUCAUCUCCAAAAGAUUCAGAGCAUCCAGCUGAACGGAUUGUCACAUGUAGCAAAGAUGUGUUUGAGGAAAGUCGCUCUGAAGCUCACAGUAUUGGAAUACAGUCACUUAAAACGUCUAGCAUGGACACAAUAAAACCUGAGUUUCCUCUUGGCUUGGCACAGAAAACAAUGCAACAAUCCACAAGUGACGUACCCACACCAAAAGCCUCAUACUCUGAGGCUCCAAUACCAAUGCCUAAAGCAGGUGAGGUACACACACAAAGUGCAGCACUACUUUCUGUAGAGGCAACACUAAAUACAACUCCAUGCCUGACAGAUAGCAGUGGUCUGUUGAGUUCUUCCUCACCUUUAGUGAAAGUAGACUCAGAUACAGGAACACAAUACAGUGCAAAAGGGAUAGAUGCCAGAGAGAAUCUUGAGAAAACACUUACAAAAGAAGAAUCAAAGGUCACAAAUGCAAAACAACAGUCAGGACUAAUAGAGAUAGCACCAGUCCAACCAUACCAAACUGCUGGCAGUCCAUCAAAAGCAAAUGGAUUCAGUGUUCAAUUCACUGCCAAGCCCAGUCAUAAAAAUCUGGUUGUUCAUCCCCUGUCUACAGACUUAGAUCCCAAAUUCUCAGGGAGUGCCAUCAUAAAUGGCUCAUUCAACACAGGAAUACAACAAGCCACAAAACUGGUUUCAGAAACACCACUGCACAGUAAAGUGGCUACUGAAACCAUCUUGCCUAAACAAAGGGAGGAGGUUAACCAACAAAUUAAAGUGAGCAGCGAGGUUAUUCUACCCAGUAAGACAAAUGUAGUGAACAUUUUACCUGCUAUGGCUGCUAAUAUAGGAUACAGUAUCCUUACCAAUAUAAGCACUGAGCCACAGUUCUCAAAUAUGUUCUCUAAAGAACCACUUGAUACUAACUCAGGAUCCAUGUUACCACAUGAGCCUGUCACAGCCUCUAUAUGUUCUGCACAGUCCAGUAUCUGCACAGUAUCUGCAGCCGAGCAAAGCACCAAAUUCACACAGCAGGUCAGAGCAGAAACUCUAAUUUACAGUCCUAGUCAAACAGCAGAAAACAAAAUCCAUUUUCCUGGAGCAAGUCUUUCUUUGAUAUCUUCCCAAGCACCAACUGUACUAAACCCAUCUCCUGUAAAUACUACCCCACUAAGUAAACCUACCACAGACACCAAACUCCCAGGCCCAUCUGUCAUCGCAACCAAAUUACCCAGUUUUUCAGACAUUAAAUUCCCUGCAGAGACAGAUGCAUCUAAUGUGCCAACUAAAGAGACUCAAAAGCCAAACAAAAAUGGUGAGAAUGUAUUUGUAAACACACCAAGUAGCAUAGGAUCCAGCAGCCAAAUUAAAGUUGUUCAGGGAGCAAAUUUCUACAUAAACUCAAGUAGACCUAUAGUAGAGAUUACACAAACCACUGAAACUACUCUUAAUAUCCCUGCUAAAGAUGCAAUACUGUCUAACCAAGCAAAUAUAGAAGACAAACGUCCAAUUUCUAUUAAUGGUAAGACUAACAGACUCGGCACCUCAACAAAAGUAGACACAACACAGUAUCCACAACUCACCAAUGGAAGAGUCGGUUUAGAAACUGGGAAUAUACAAGCAGAGCAUUUUCCCAAUAUACCUAUUAGAGCAGAAAACAUUAAAACAAAAAUAGCCUCUAGUCUUUCAAAAGGAAAUGUAGCACUGACCACACCUAGCAGUGAAACAAAUUUGUAUAACAAACCAUGUGCAGGAACUGUCAGUCAGUCACCUGGACAGCCAGGAGGUGUAGAGGCUGUUCUGCCAGCUGCAAAAUCUGCACAGUCAAACAAAUCCAGUUUGGACAGCAGUGGUCACAGUAUUCCUACUAUUGAAAUUAAAGUCAACAACAGGCUUCAUACAGAAACUAUUCUGCCAAUGAUAACAGAUCCAACAGUGAGCAGUAAACCAACACUUAAUACUGUUCAGGUCAGUAGACCGACUGUGCCAUCAAGCCCUACCAUGGGCCACGUCACUCCAAAAAGCCCACAGCUGAGAUCAGAGAGCUCUGCAACAAAACAACCUACUGAUGUAAUACCAGUUUCUGGCUCUAUUACCCAAUCAAGAGUCUACGCAAAAGCAGAUAGUAAACAGUUUGCUAAUCUUGCUACUGAGGAAAGGUCAUCUGUGACAUCUGCACCUCAAAUUACUAAUAAAACUGCCAUUAAAGAACAAUCCCCUUUCAUUCAGCCAAUUACUGAGAAAAAGUCUUUAGCAAGUCACACUACAAAAACUAAACACUCAGUAACUUCUUGUACUGAGAUGACAACUUCCAUUUCCACUGGUUAUAAUACAGCUAACAUAUCUAAUAUCAAUGUAGAACAGCAAACCAUUACAAUGCCAGGUCAUAUCAAGCUGCCUGAAGAUAAUGUUCAAACCCCUGCACUCAUAGCAAGCUCUCAGACUGGAGUGAAACCAUUUUGGCAAUCUUUGACUGAAAUGAAGAAAUCUAAAGAUACUAACACUCAUGCUGUAAAUAGUCAGACCCCAUCAAACCCUGUUUUAAGUAACUACGCUGCUACAAAUAUUCAACCCCUUAAUGAAGCCAUCAGGGAUUUUAAAGCCCCACUUAGCCCUGCUACAGUAACUAAACCUUGGACUGCAACAAGAGCUUCCCCUCUACCCGAGCCAAGAUGGACCUGUACUCCAACCUUACCCCGGUGCUCCCAAACUCCUGUCCCUGUAAACCAAACUACAGAAACAAAACCCUCAUCAGUCAUUAAGAAAGACAAGACAAACCCUCCCAUUGUACCUCUUCAAAAUAAUCCACCGACUAGUACAGUUCAGCCUUCUGCUAAGUCAUUGACAGAAAAUAAAUCAAAACCAGACAUAAAAUCACCCACAACCAAGGAUACUUCAGUCCCUGAGGUAAAAGUACAUUCCCAAACACAACAGGUAAAAAAUACAGCAUCAAAUUCAAUCAAGGAAGGAAAACUCUCCCCACUGCAAAUUGAAACUAGUGCUUCCAUCCAUUCUACUGAUCCUGUUUUAACCAGUAAACCUACUCUAAAAGCAAAACCUCCAACUAAGCAGGUAGCGUCAAGACCUUCCUCUGCCACAGUAGAAACAAAACCCUCAGUUGUAAAAACUGAGUCUCCCCCCAAUCUGGUCCAGAUUAGCUUGCACACCAGUAAUGUUCAGCCUUCGACAGAGCCACCAGUACAAAGCAUUUCUCCUGCAAAGCCAGCAACAGAUACUGUCAUGAAACCGUCCAUAGUUAAAGCUGCUGUGAUUGACUCUGCCACUCCUGCCUCUCUGCCUCAGGCCUCAGUCUCAGUCAAAGCUCCAUCCCCAAACAGAGGAACGUCACCGCCAUCUCAGCAAAAAGUUGGACUCAAAGACAAGGAUGUUCUGAAGACCAAAACUACAUCUGCACUGACGGAAGCCCCGGCAGCCGAACCCUCCACGAAGUCAGCGACAUCAACUGCAUCUUCAACUGCUGACAAGACAGUUGUUACACCCCCUUCAUCUGCUGAGCCAAAGGCAGCUCAGAAGCCAAAAAGCCUUAAGGGUAAGCUCAGUGGAUGGACACGGCUCAAGAAACACAUGGUUGUUGAGCCGGAGGAACCUACGUUUCCAGAGCCGGAGGCCAAAUCUCAGGUCGGGGCCAGUGGCAACAAUGAGGAGACACAUCAAAGCGGUGGUGAUAUGUUGUCAGCAGACCAUUGUGCCAAUCAGGAUGUGGUUAAAAACAAAGAAGGUCCAAAGGCUUUGAAGAUGUGGGAUGCUCUUCUCUUUCAGAUGUUCUCCACAAAAGAACGAAUAAUACAACAGCUCAAUGCCUCCAAGAAAGAUUCAGACAAGAAAAAGGCCUCUAAAGAUAAUCAGGCAGAAGUUCCCUCUUUUGUUAAUCGCCUACCAAUUUUACUUUACAGCCCCCGUUUUGAUGCCAGGAAGCUGAAAGAGGCUGCAGAGAAGCCACUAACGAAAAUAGCAGCAGUGUUUGAGAAGGGGCUGAUAAAACGCAAAUGUCAGGAGGAGGAACGCAAGGACUUCAACAGAAAAGCCAGAGGGUUUGGUUCAGCAAAAGCUACAGAUAUGUAACUUGAACUGAUGCAAAAGUAUGUCCGAGAUUGAUUAAUGAUUUCUCUGUUGGGAGACAGAAAGAUGAAAAACCAUUUGUGUAUUUCUGAAAUAGAAUAGCUGAAAUUAACUUUAUACAUCAGGGCCACAGUGAGAAGGCAGAUUAUUAUAGAGGCAGGGAAGAAAGGGGGGCAUUAAAAGUGUUACUGAUUAUUGCUCAAUCAACAUCUGCUUGACCCAAUACUGGUAAAAGAACUUUUCCAAGUGAUCUAAAUUUAAACUUGGAGAGCGAAGAAAUUACACUAAAAGAAAAUCCAUCCCUACGUUGAUACAAAGUUGAUACAGCAUAUUUCUGAUAUUCUCAUCAGGUGUGGUUAUUGAGGGUGUGUAAGUAGUGUAUAAGUGACUGUGACAGCUUUUAGAGGUCAAAAAUAUUACUAUAGGUGUGAUAGAGGGGUGGUGACUUUAAAAAAAAAUCAAAUAAGGAUGAAAAGCUGAGGCAAAGAAAGCAACUCUACUUUGUUUUCAUUUGAAGAUGGCCUGGAUGCAAUGUUGGAUGCAUGAACUGUAGAUAACUUUGAUAGAUAUAAGAUUGUUUCAUUUGUCAUGCUCUACCUUUUUCUAUUUUUCUAAACAAAGUAAGGCUUUUAGUGUACACCACUGGUAGGCAGUUUUUAAUCUCUGUAAUAAAUAGGGCUUUUACAUUCCUGGAAUAUCAGGGCAGGUGGGUUUUGAAAGAAGGAAAACAAAUGAAAUGAAUGGUAAAUGUCUAGCCAGAACAGAUUUUGGUUUCUGCAAGUCAGGUUUUGGAUGGAAAUGUGGUGGGACAUGUCCAGACUUUUGAUCAGGGCAGAAUACUACACAACCACACAAGCUGGUGCAUUUGGGGCUGGGCAACAUGGUAUCCGCAACAUCUUUUUCUGAUGUCAGUAUAUAUGAUUUUACAGUAUCUGAUUUGGUUCCAGGGAUGGCAGUCUUUGGUGUGUUUGUUGGUUGGUCUGCCACUUUGGUAUUGACUGAAAUAUCUCAACAACUGUUUGAUAUGUGCCAAGAAAUUUCAUACAAACAUUCAUCAUCCGUAGAGGAUACUACUGCUUUAAGUGAUUCUUUGACUUUUCCUGUAGGGAAUGGAUUGCCAUCAUAUUUGCUACAGAUAAUCAAGCUCUGUAGAAGGGUUAGGCUUGUGGUUUGGUAAUACCCUAACUUCUUUGUGAAGCGUCUAGCUGUAGACUCUUAUUUCCAAAGGACUACAUAUUAAAAGUCACUUUGGGAGGAAAGUGACACCAUAAUGCUUUUUGGUGUUAAUUUGGACCAUCACAUUACAUAUUGCCCAGCCUUAAUAUCAGAUUCUUGUGUCAUCAUAUCACCAGUGUUGUAUGAAAAAAUUACUUUUAAAAUGAUUUUAAAAACUUUGAGAUCUGGGGAAAGUUUUUUCAAGUUUCACUAAUAUAUGCUGUCCAUAAAUUAUAGGCAUGCAUAUUUCAGACUGUUUAGUUAAACUCCAGAAAGGUGGAGAUGAAUUGUUUUCAUUCACAACAGUGAUGGUAUGAUAAUAUUUCCACAUUGUUUUGUUGGUUGCUAGUAUUUUCCUGCUCUGUGACGGAUUGCCCAGGUUAUGAACAAUAUUACUGAGCUAGGACUAUAAUUUGGAUGUAGAAGUGAAUACUGAUGAAUGAUGAUGAUUAUGGUGAAGAGGCCUGCUGUAGGAGGACAGACUGAAGGAAUUUGAGUGACAGUUUGAGAGAGGGGGCAGAUAUUAUAUGUGAUAUGUGAUAUUUCACAGCUUUGGAGAAUUUGGCUGCUGCCGUAGCAGGUACUAGCAUGUUAAGUUAUUUUGACCCUUUUUGUCUCCAUAUUGGAUUUUAAAAAUUGUUUUCCACAAGAUGACCAUCAUGAUGUGGGACUUCUCUCAUGUGAUGGGGGCUUUACCCCCAUAAGCUACUUACAGCCCCAUUUAUUACAUUGAUGCUUAAGCUACAAUAAGUUUUUGUUUACUGUGUGAUUCGCAAAAAUGCAUAAAGUUGAAAGUGAAAUUCU